UGAUGUUGACGCCGCAGUUUUAACAAGGAAGAAGUGAUGGUGAAAUGAAAAAUGGAAAUGGAUAUAUUCGAACCAAUACAUUGACUGAUGGCUCAUUUAAAGGGAAAUAUCAGUGAGGUUUGGAAAAGGAGAGCGGGGAGCGCCCUUAUAGACACCUGAGGAUCGCCAAGCCGCGGUUCCUCUGUGCUUUUAACGGAUAGUCAUGAUUCGGCUCAGGAGGAGCGCUGGCUGGAGAGGAGGCAAAAGGUCCGGUGAUGUGAGGAGCUUGGUCAUCGUGCUGCUCUUUUUGUGCGGCUUCUGUAGCAAGACAGGAGGUGAUGUAAGCAUAGAGUCUACCAUUGUCGUCACCAGUGACGUCACAGUAGCAAUGACAGAGGAAUGGAUUACCUCAAAAAUACCAACUACGAUGGUGGCAGCGAUCUCAUCGCAAGAGGGCGUCUUGUUACCUACCACACCCCUUGAUCAGGUUCCCCAGCUCACGAGCCAACCGAUCUCCCCUGUUUCUGAAAUAUUGAAAUCUGAAGUCGUAACUGCUACGGACGUUUUCACGGAGGCUUACACCUCCUUUGCUUCUGAAGAUCCUCAAAGGACUAUAGAUGCAAAUACAUCACCUAAGCUUGAGCCAAGUUCAUUGAUAUCCAGAAGCGAUCAAAUAUGGAGUACUCUACUUAGUACAAUCAUUGAUGUUUCAGAUGCCAGCUCCCAGACAGAUCUUCCAGAAAGUACUAUACAAAUCUUGCCGAGUAGAACAAAGACAGUGGUGCCAUCUACUUUAUAUCUUAGUCUUCCAGAUAGUUUAAAUCCUACGUCUAUAGACAUACCGGCCACAGAAGCACUUUCCGAAGACCAUUCUGCAACACCAUCACUCCUUGGCGAGACAGUGAUUGUCACAAGUGAAUUCCUUGUGUCUUCAGAAUGUCAAGUCUUGCCAUUCAGAGCGAAAUCACACCUUUAG